AUGGUUGAUGUUCUAAGCCCUUUCACAAUUCCAUCCCCUCCUCCACCAUCUUCUUUUUCAUCAAACAAAAACAAUAGCAUACCCAUGUUAUACUAUGGUCUUGUUGUGAUGGGAAUUGCAGCCAUAGUUCUAGCAAUUUACAACAUCAUUAUAAUCAAACGUUGCAAUAGGAGCCACAAUCAAGCACAACCCACAAGCCCAACUCUUAUGGUUAUUGAAAAUAGUAAUAAUAGGAGCUUUGGAAACUCACAAAGGAACUUGCUUUCAAGCUUCAAGUACAAAAAAGAAGUGGUAACAAAAGAAGAAGAGAAAAAGGGUGAUUUUGAUUAUGAAUGUUCUGUUUGUUUGUCGGUUUAUGAAGAAGGGGAAGAUGUUAGGAAAUUACCAAAGUGUAAACAUUGUUUUCAUGCUCUUUGUAUAGAUAUGUGGCUUUAUUCUCAUUUUGAUUGUCCAAUUUGUAGAACACCUGUUGGGUCUUUUCGUCAUAAUUUUGUAGAAGAGAAUUCUCGUGAUGGGUUGAUGGAAUCCAGUGGUAUUGUCUAUGUUUGA